GCGACUGAACAGGACAUGUUUAUUGCGUAUUCCAGUUAAUAAUGUGGUAUGUUUUUUGCCAAAUCCGUCAGACUUGUCCAAGAGAAUUCUAUCAAGAGAACUAUUUUACGCAAGGAUAUGUACACGGAAUUAAGAUUUUGGAUGGAGCAGGGCGGAAUGUCAGAGUUACACCGAAAUGUUGGCGAUUGAUGCAAAAAUGUUUGACGCCUCACAAACUUCACACUGAAAUCCAACAGGAUGAAAGUGGAAUCGUAGUGCACAUGUAAAGCAGGAUCGCUGUGCACUUGCCAUGCUGUUGCAGCUAAAUGCAGCAAAUGACGGAAAAUACAGAAUUUUAGCCAGCGGAUUUGUCAACACCUUCAACAGGGAUGACGGGUCUUCGCCAGAUCGUCGCCUCGCAUGCCACGUUCCCACACUUCCGCAUUCCUGACGCUAACACCCUGUGUACCGACCAACGCCUGUCUGCUGACCUAUCAUCACGAGCUGUGCGGGUGUCCGCGCAGGUGCGCUGAUUGGGAGGUGCACACCUGCGCCUCAUGCAGCCUGAUUAUGCUGUGGAUUUAUAUGACCGCGAUGACAACUGGCCGGCGCCAGUUCGUUGAUCUUCAUGUCCCGUUCGUGUGCUCCGGUAUCCCUGAUCGAACCUGUGUGUACCGACCUUCGCAUGUUCUCCGACCAAACUUAACAAAGUGGCCAACACAGGACCCAGCAGGAAAGACCCGGCGUCGCCGGGACCGACGCAAGGCUCCGCCAGCGAGGUAUGAAUACGUCCCGAACACGACCCGUCUGGCUCCUCAUAUUCUUCUGGACUCUGACUUUUCGGAAUAUGAGGAGGACCGUGAUUUGUAUGACCGGCUACCUGACACCCGAACGUCUUCGCCCGGUAGAAACCGGCAGACACGCAGCUGGUGGCGAAGCUUCCAGCCCAGAGGGAGGAGGAGUCGCUGUUUCAACGGAUGCACUGCAAGCUCACGUGGCAGUGGGGACCGACCCGAUGCCGCCUCACAUUGCUGUCCAGGAGGUGGCGACGUCUCCACAGCCGCUUCUCGUCCGUGCUCUGGAGUACCAGUGGCGACCGCCCGCGGUCGCUCCCCGUUCCUGCUCUGUCGGCGACCGGCCCGCGGCUGCUCCCCAUUCCUGCUCUGUCGGCAACGGGCACGCCCAUACGUUCCCGUCCAGGAAGUGGCGACGGUGACACUGACGCUGCCUUCUCACGUUGCUGUCCAGGAGGCGGCGACGGUUCCCCAGCUGCCUCACGUUCCCGCCCAGGAGGAGGUGGAGUUGGUGAUGCUGCCUCCGCCUUCUCACGUUCCUGUCCAGGAGGUGGCGACAGUUCCCCAGCCGCCUCACGCUCCCGUCCAGGAGGAGGUUGAGUUGGUGAUGCUGCCUCCGCCUUCUCACGUUCCUGUCCAGGAGGAGGUGGUACUGGCGCCGCCUUCUCACGUUGCUGUCCAGGAGGUGGCGAUGGUGUCGCCGCCUUCUCACGUUGCUGUCCAGGAGGUGGCGAUGGUGUUGCCGCCUUCUCACAUUGCUGUCCAGGAGGUGGCGAUGGUGUCGCCGCCUUCUCGCGUUGCUGUCCAGGAGGAGGUGAUGGUGUCGCCGCCUUCUCACGUUGCUGUCCAGGAGGAGGCGAUGGUGUUGCCGCCUUCUCACGUUGCUGUCCAGGAGGAGGCGAUGGUGUCGUCGCCCUCUCACGUUGAUGUCCAGGAGGAGGCGAUGGUGUCGCCGCCUUCUCACGUUGCUGUCCAGGAGGAGGCAAAGGUGUCGCCCCCUUCUCACGUUGCUGUCCAGGAGGAGGCGAUGGGGUCGCCGCCUUCUCACGUUGAGGUCCAGGAGGAGCUGGGGAGUUCUGUGGAGCCACCCUGGAGCUGGAGAGACUUCGGGAUGGCGGUCAUGGCUCUGGUCCUUCCCUCCAUCAUCCUAUUCGCUCCAGAUGGCUCCCAGCCGCUUCAUGACCUGGCCUCGUUGGUGACCAAUCCACGGCUGCCUACUGACCAAGCCUCGGUGGCGACCAAUCCCUGGUCGUCUUGCAACCACGGCGUGGGAGGUUCUCGUCCGGGGCAGUGGCCUGCCUCGUUCUGGUUCCUCCUUCGCCGUUUGGUUCCUCACAGAGGUCGUCGGCCCGAAUCGCCCCUUGGGGACCCUGGUGCUUGGCGUCCGGGUCGUCCUCCUGACCUGUCCACCCGGACGCUUUGUGUUUGGUGGCCUGGAUGGCCAAGUGCAGGGACUGAUCAGCGUGCUACAUUUAUGCUGUCAAAGGAACAGUCCCUCUGUCCCUCUUAACUUUGUAAUAGACCGUCACAAGAAAAAUUGAAACAAUAAGAACAAUACAAGGGCCAAGCAUCCAGCUGCGGCAGAGAGAUUAGAAGAUGCUGCUCCAACAGCAGUACAUUCUCGAAGGUUUCAUAAUAGCACAAUCACUUCUACUUUUCACAUUCUUGGGAGCCAUACUCAGGGCUAACUUUCAGGAGAAAAAAAAAAGAUGGAUGGAGUAUGUGAUACACAUAUCAGAGAAAGUAUAACUACAGAUAAACAUCAAUGUGGAUGUCAGGAAGCAUAGUUGGUGAAGGAUUAUUUGCCUAAAAGAUUAGUUUCUAAAAUGGUUAUUCUUUGGGAUAUUUGACUUUUGACUAUCCCAAAGAAUAGAAAUGGAAUAAAAGGCAGCUAGUACUAUUGCCAAAGUAGUGACUAGCAUUACAAAGCAAAGUCCAUAGAUAAUAGAAGAAAUUGAGACUUUCUCCUUCGCUCUCAGUCCCUCCAAUACCAUCACACCACCACCAAAAAGUGAAUGAUACACCUUUAAUUUGAUUUAGGUUUAUGCAUAUUUGUUGUUUAAAUGCAUUAAUGGGAAUUAAAAUGAGAAUUUACUCUUUGGAUAUUGUGAAUGAAUUAAACUAAUUUACAUUUUUUCUAUGGAAAAAAAAUGCUUCAGUGGUUGAACAAAUCGGACAUUGAACAAUUCACAGGAAGGAAUUAUGUUCAAACAUCGAGGUUUUGGGCCCUGGAGAAGAGACAAUAUUCAUUCAUCCAUCCAUCCAUCAAUUUUCUGUACUGCUCAUCCUCAUCCUAUGGUGCCUACUUCAGUUGAGAGCCAAGUAUGCGAAGUAGUGGGGAUUACUGCUUGGCCCAGCGAAAAGUUGAAGACCUUGCAAAGGACAUUGGACAGCUAGUGGCCACAUGCUCUGAGGACCUUCCCUGGAACUUUGUCCAGGCCUGCAGACUUCCUGGGGUUCACAGCAAGGGGCAUACGCCUCACAUCAUGCUCUUUUACAUCUCUGAAGUUUGUGAGGCUCUGUAGACCCUGCCACACCUCCAAAGCUCAGCGUCUUGCCUGCCAUCUCCCGGUAGAUCAUCAACUUCCUGACGGGCCGGACACAGCAGUGUUCCGGGUUGGGUCAAGGGGGUAAGGUUAGCUAACCCUAACCCUACCCAGACUUCGCUUUCCCAAGCCACUUCAUCCAGCUCUUCCAGCAGCAUUCCCAGGCCAGUUACACACAGACAAAACUGGCUGAGUACAGCACUUGGUGGCAUUGAUGAGGGCUGACGGAAAACAACAGUGAAGAAAAAAAUGGUGAUAGUGACAAAAAACAGUAAGACUCUCAGACACACACACACACACAACCAAAGACAUGCACACACACUUGAUGAUUAUGCACUAAAACAGGAAUUAAAUUCAUGUGCCCGUGAAUUAGAUACAGUUCAUGUAACUACAGUGCCGUGAAAAAGCAUUCACCCCUUCCUUAUUUUUCUUUUUUCUUUUUUCUUUUUUUGCAUACCGAUCACACACACAGGUUCCAAAUCAUCCAAGCAGUUUUAAUAUUACUCAGAGACAACCCAAGGAAAUACAAACUGCAUUUUCAAAUGACAAUUCAAUGUAUUCAGGCACAAAAAAGCUUUCUUACUCUCUGAAAAAUAAUUGCCCCCUGAACCUAAUAAUGGGUUGUGCCACCUUUGGCAGCAAUAACUGAAAUCCAGCGUUUGCGAUAAUUGUGAUGUGUCUUUCACAACACUCUGAAGGAAUUUUGUCCCACUCUUCUUUGCAGACUUGUUUCAACUCCACCAUAUUGGAGGGUUUUCUAGCAUGAACUGCCCAUUUAAGGUCACAUCGCAGCAUCUCAAUUGGAUUUUAAAUCCAGACUUUGACUUGGCCACUCCAAAACCUUUUUUUUUUCAGCCAUUCAGAGAUGGAUUUGCUGAUGUGUUUUAGAUGAUUGUCAGAGGUCGCUAUCACAGCGACUCACUCAUGACUUGUUUGUCUGACGUAGCCUAACCACUUCUAUUCAGGCGUUAACAAACCAAUGCACUGAUUAACUUUACAAACUUGUUUUUAACUGCUCAUUUGCACAUGAAAUCACUCAUUGGACAAUACUUGAUUAUGAUUUAGAAAGAGAGAUUGCUUCACACAAACUAUCUUACUGCAAAUAGAUUGAAGGCAUGCAUCGCCAAGCCGAUCUUUUUUCUCUCUCUCAUCUUUAUAUCACUCGAUUCACAGCAUCACAGCACUACCAGUUUUCAGGUGCUUUUGUCAAAAUAAAAGUACACAUUUUAAAAUAAAAGUCUAUAGUAGAAAUUAAUUCUAACAUUCCAGAUGGGCAGAACAAUGGCUGCAGACCGGGUUUGGUGGCUGACGAACCGGUUGUGGCCCGUGUGGUGCACUUUCGCACUUCAUGAGACAACAUGCAAACUUCACAAAUGAAAUAUAUAGGAUUCAAAACCCUAACCUCAAAAGAGUGAAGCAGACCUCAAAACCAAAGGGUAACCAUGCUACCAACCCCCACUUGCCCAUGGUUUUAUGUUUAUAUUUACUGUAAGUCAACUGUUAUUUGUUUUUUUAAUGUUCAUUGGAUUUCGUGACAGCAUAUACAAAAACAAAUACACUUCUGUAUGAUAAAUAAUAGUAAUAGUUUCGAAGAAAAAUUAGAAACUAUUUCAGUUUCUAAAAUCACUUAACUUUAGGGGUUACAAGGUUGACAACAAACUUUCUCACCAAGUACCUGGACAUACAACAGGGACCGCAGUUUCUCCAUUUCAAAUACAAUCCAGUCUCCUGUGUACUCGAUCGUUCUGGACAACUUUGAUAAAGGGGUGCUGCCCAAUUUAUAGAACACUGACUGGAAAAAGUAGCUCUGUACUUCCUGUCUGGCCCUAUCAGAUCUUCACUUCAAUGUUCCUGGCAUCUGAGCGUUCAGCUCUUACCAAAGCAAACCUGAUGUGUGAUAGUGGUGUUUAUUCUUUGGAUUUGUUAGGUUAUUUUUGUGAAGAGCAAACAUUCCUGUGUAGACCUUCUCUCUGGAGGUGGCAGACCGCUCUGAACACUUCCGCUGAUCUAAUCAUUAUGCUCAAAAAAGGUUAUUUAUUCAUUCGUUCAGAAUAUGGCUGCCUUGGUUGAGCUCCACUUCAUUGACCUAAGGCAGGGUCUAGGCUCCAGAUAUGAAGCCUCAAAUCUUUGGUAUGCAGUGGCUGGAUAAAGAUAGCACAAUAAAAGUUAGUUGGUGACAAGCAAAAAUAAAUAUUUAGAUGAGAAAAGACAACCACAUGCUCCAGUUUUUGUCAUACAAUUGAAUUGCUAACGUUCAUGGGCAAUAUUUUAAAGUGCCACUGACAGCCAAAUAUACUUUUUAAAAUAAACAUUGUUAUGAAAACUACAUAUAAUAUUAUUCACUUCAAUGUUUAUCUGAAAAAAAAUGAGCAGAGAGCGUGUCAUUAUUGCGCAAAUUUGCUGAAGUCUCACUCGACACCACAGUGUUGGCCAUAUUGCCUGCAACGUCAUUUGUAGAUGUCACACUGUCGCCAUUGAAAACAAGCUGUGCCCCCUGCUAUGGGAGAUGAACAAGAGAGAUUUUCGGAUUUUUCUGACGCCCCUUCUGAGACUGAAGCUCAUUUCAAAGAAGAGAAAAUCUUACAAUCAAAUGAAGUGACCGGGGCAAUAUUACAUGAUUGUUUCGAGCCAUAUCUAGAUAAUAUGGGGAUCACUUCUGACUAACAACGGACUCCCCGAGAGACGGACGAGGAACCCGAUAAAGUAUUCAAAAUAACAGGCCUAUAAUUUUUCAAUUUCCUAAUUCUUUUACAGGUCUUGUGUAUGUAGCCUACUCAGGAGGAUCCAUGCCGGCCAAAGUAACUACUUCAAGGGCGCCCAGACGCCAGUGGUCGGUGUAGGGGAGAGCUCCUUUCUCCUCCCCACCAGCGGUGCAAUAGCCAGCCUCCUGGCCCAACCCACCUCCGAACCGGGGCUAAGGUGGCUAAUGGCGGCUAACAGCGAUAUGAUGCAGAUCUUUUAUUACGGUUACAUUCUGAGAGAAGGAUUACGUUGUAGGACGUGGACAAAACUUUUUAUUAUUGCUGCUUUCGGAGAAAUUGUUCGAGUUUGGUGACUAUACGUCUAGUUAGCUAUUUACCUCAUGUUACAUGCUACUAAACUGUUUUUGUACUUCCAUUUUGUUAUUGUUUUGUGUUGUAUUGUAUAGUGUGUGAUUAAAUUGUCUUAAACGCAAUACAAGUGCUUUGUUAUAUUUUGCCGGUUUGACCAAGGGGAUUUGUUCAAAAUUACCACAUAACAUAUGCUAUUAAGUGUGAGACAAAUUAGUCCCCCUCAACUAUUAUUUUUUUAAUAACUAUCAACACCUAACUGUCAUUUAGAACCCACAAAGCUCUCGUCCUUUGCACCUGUGCAAUCCAUUUUUCACGACGAACCAGGUCUUUAGGAAAUGUGUGAAGAGUGAAUCCAUCCUCCCGAGUGUUGGAGCAAAAUCCAGCAAUAAAAUGAGCCGGAAUUUUGGCUCUGAAAAAAAUAAUAAAAUAAUUUCUCGCCAGUACAGUAGGUAUGAACCAAUAUAAACACUUGACACCGCUACUGCAAUAAACAUCACUUCCUGGUUCUUUCUGAACACAAAAUCCUAGAGAGAUUUUCCCUGGCGGUAGAUUAAAAAAACGAUAUACGGCAACAAUAUGAGUUGCUGUGACAAAACAAAUGAGUCCAUUCCAGAUGAUUAUUUUUGGUUAAAAACAUACCAAAUUUUAUGUUUUAGGUGCCAGUCGCCCUUUAAGUAACAUUUGUAACAGUUAUAAAAGUGUAUUAAGCAAAACACCAACUGAAUUAAACCAUCACAAUGAUGCAAUCAGAGGGAAUAUAGAUUAAUAAACUCUGUGGAAAUAUAUUCACCAGCACCUUUUCACCAGCUCAUUCUGUAUUUAAUAGCAGUAUGAUGCUAACGUUCAGUGCCCCAGUCACACAUCACUGAGCCCUCAUCUACAUAUAAAAACCUCUCCGUGUGAGACUAUUUGUACCACUUUUGAAGAGAAUAGAAGUAGCUCCUUCAUUUGGGCAGGUUUGAUGUCGGCUGCGGUGAGGCCUACACCAGCGCAGACAUCCCAUUUUCAAAGUGCAGACAUCCCAUUUUCAAUGCGCUGGGUGCGCCACGAAAUUACCAAAACAAUAAAAUGUGUACACACCCUUAAACCUGAUGAUGACUUUGAUGACUGACUGACUACUACUGCUAUUCUGCUGUUUGUGCCUGUUAGGUGAGUCACAUAAAGCUGCCUAUCUAGUGAACAUCCGAUUCUUUGUUUUUACUGUUGUAAAAUUUGUCAUGUUGUACUGAGCAUCCAAAACAGAGAUAUUUUUCAUUCUACUGCAUCCCAAUAAGUAUUGUUUCAUGUUUUAUGGUUAUCAAAGCAAAGCAAAGCAGUGCAAAGCAAAUUUUAUACACAAGGUAACUCAGUGUGCUUUACGUUAUUAAAGUACUAAUCCAGAGGAAAUGUAUUUUAUUUGUCUAUCAUACAAAUGUAGCUAAUCUUUCCAUAAUUUUUUUAAAAUUCUCAACACAACUGAAACGAAAUAAAUUAGCACCAAAGUACACAUUUUCUUUGUAACCCGGAUGCCUCUGAUGUCUGUUUCAAACCAAGGCUCUGUUGAAGCUUCCAGCCCAGAGGGAGGAGGGGCCGCUAGUUAACGAGGCGUUCCACCGCGAAAUGCAGGCGGACAUAUAGCGGCAGAGCGCCAAACUGGCAGUCCUCACGGCCCAGGUCCGGCAAGGAUUAAAGAACCAGCCGAGUUAUGCUGACAUCGCAGUAGCAACGGACCCGCUACCAAGCAAGGCUCAUGUCGCUGUCGCAACGCAUCCGCUCCCAAGACACGCCCACGUUGCAGUUCCAACGGAUUCGUUGCUGACUUAUGCUCACGCGGCAGUGGCAACUGAUCUGCUCCCGAGACACGCACACGUUGCGGUUUUAAGUGACUCUCUGCCUCCUCUCGUUCACGCUGGAGUGCCAACUGAUCCGCUACCAAGACAAGCACACGUUGCAGUUGGAACGGAUUCGCCACCUCGCCACGCCCACGCCGUGGUUUUGGCUGUUUCACUGCAGGCUCAUGCGGCAGUGGUCACUGAUCCAAGUGGCAGUGGAGACCAAUUCGCCGCCGCCUCACGUUGCUGUCUAGGAUGUGGCAACGUCUCCGCAGCCACUUCUCAUCCGUGUCCAGGAGUAGCGGUGGCGACCGGUCUACAGCCACUCCACGUUCCUGCUUCGAUGGCGACUGGCAAGCCCAGAUGUUCCCAUCCAGGAGGUGGCGAUGGCGCCGCCGCCUCACGUUCACGUCCAGGAAGUGGUGAUGGCUCGGCUGCCACCUCACGUUCCCAUCAAGGAGGUGGUGAUGGCAUUGCCGCUGCCUCACAUUCCCGUCCAGGAGGUGGCGAUAGUUCCGCAGCAUCCUCACGUUGCUGUCCAGGAAGUGGCGACGAGGGUUCCUGUCCAGCGGAAGGCAGCGAGGGUUCCCCAGCAGCCUCACGUUUCUGUCCAGGAGUACCGGCGGCGACCGGCCUGCAAUCGCCCCCCCACUCCUGCUUCGUCGGCGACCAGCCCGCGGUUGCCCCCGGUUCCUGCUUCGUCGGAAACAGAUGAUGGCGACGGCUCAUUGGCAUCCUCACGUUUCUGUACAGCAGAUGGCGAUGGAACCACAGUCGUCUUUGUUCAAGUCCCGGUGAUGACCGGUCCGCGUUCGUCCCACUCCCCUGUCUCGACGGCGACAGGAGCUGGGGAGUUCUGAUGGGCCACCCCGGAACUGGUAAGGCUUCGGAAUGGCUGUGAUGGUGGCGGCCAUGGUUUUGGUCCUUCUCUCUGUCAUCCUCUUCGCUUCUGAUCACUCCCAGCCGGUUCAGGACCUGGCCUCGUUGGUGACCAGUCCACAGCUGCCUCCUGGCCAAGCCUCGGCGGAAACCAAUCCCUGGUCGCCUCGCAACUAAGGUGCGGGAGGCCCUCGUCCGUGAAACAAUAAAAGUUCUAUCCGAAUUACAUCUGCGUCUCCCGACACCUGUAUUUGGGUCCUACCUCCGUUUCGAUGGGUAUUGACAAGAGAACCAUGUGGUGGAAGUUGAGAAAGGAUGAAUGUUGUGCAGCUUUUCGGAAAGAGGUGAGACAGGCUCUCGAAGGACUACAAAAGCUCCCGGAAGACUGGACUACGACAGCCAAGGUGAUCAGAGAGACAGGCAGGAGAGUACUUGGUGUGUCUUCUGGUAGAAAAGGUGAGAAGGAGACUUGGUGGUGGAACCCCAAAAUACAGGAAGUCAUACAAGGAAAGAGAUUAGCGAAGAAGAAGUGGGACACUGAGAAGACUGAGGAGACGCAAAAGGAGUACAUUGAGAUGUGACAUAGGACAAAGUAGAGGUGGCAAAGGCUAAACAAGAGGCAUACGAUGACAUGUACACCAGGUUGGACACGAAAGAAGGAGAAAAGGCUCUCUACAGGUUGGCCAGACAGAGGGCUAGAGAUGGGAAGGAUGUGCAGCAGGGUGAUUAAGGAUAGAGAUGGAAAUGUGUUGACUGGUGCCAGUAGUGUGCUAAAUAGAUGGAGAGAAUACUUCGAGAAGUUGAUGAAUGAAGAAAAUGAGAGAGAAGGAAGAGUAGAAGAGGCAAGUGUGAAGGACCAAGAAGUGGCAAUAAUUAAUAAGGGGGAAGUUAGAAAGGCACUAUGAUGAUGAUGUACGGAUUAGAGACGGUGGAACUGAAGAAACAACAGGAAGCAGAACUGGAGGUAGUAGAAAUGAAGAUGUUGAGUAUCUCGCUCGGAGUGAGCAGGUCGGAUAGGAUUAGAAAUGAGAUCAUUAGAGGGAGAGCCAAAGUUGGAUAUUUUGGUAGACAAGGUUCGAGAGAGUAGACUUUGAUGUUUUGGACAAGUUCAGAGGCAAGAGAGUGAGUAUAUUGGUAGAAGGGUGCUGAGGAUGGAGCGGAAGACCAAAGAGAAGGUUGAUGGAUGUUGUGAGGGAAGACAUGAUGGCAGUUGGGGUUGGAGAGGAAGAUGCAAGAGAUAGGCUACGAUGGAAAAAGGUGACACGGUGUGGCGACCCCUAACGGGACAAGCUGAAAGUAGAAGAAGAAGAUGAGAAGGACAUAAGGGGCAAGUUAUAAAUUUAACAUUGUCCAUUUCUUAAUUGUUGUUAAGGUAGCUUUGCAUACAUUCAAGUAUGUCAUGUUUUCACUCUUUAGUCAGAAGAUAAUGAAUGAAUAAAUGAUGGGGCUAUACACCACAGUGGCAUUAUUUCAGCCUUAUUUUGGUGAGCGAAAUAUAGUAAUGAAAUACAACUUUGUGCAUAAAAUAAAAUAACAUUAUUUUAACUGAUUAUAUUUUUUACCUAGGUGUCAAUGUGGAAAUUGCUAGCCAAUGCCUUCCCAGAGAGAAUGCCGCUGCUGUCAGGAAAUUACAGAUACCGCCCUUAAGUUGGAUGGAACCGCCUUGGCUUGGAUUGUUAACCAGGAAGGCUUUCACCCUGUCUGCCUAAACCCAUUUGUACUGGAAACAGCCUGGCAUGUCUUUCAAUACCAUUAUGGCAGAAAUGCCUUCACAGGAGAAGGAUAUGAAAGAAAUCUCUACGUUGCCUACAGACAAUUGGUGAGGUGGUGUUGGGGGCCUCUCGCCAAAAGCAACAGGGUUGUUACACCAUCAUGUGCUGUGCAGAGAAUUCGAGCAGAAUAUCCACACCCAGGGCAUGAAGCUGAUGCCAUGUUCACAGGAUUUAUGCCCAGCUUAUGAACAUUAUCCUUUUCUUUGCAUGAAAACUAAAGUGUGGGUGUUGAUCCUUGACUAAUAACUGAUUGACAUUGCUGUAAUUAUGUGACAGUUUCAACUCUAAAAUAUAUUUUGUUGUUAUGGUUCCAAAUUUUACCUUUCAAGUUGACUCUCUAUCAUCAGUAAGUAUCACAGCACUGAAAAAGUUUCUAAAGCAAAUUAUUUUCUUACAAACCACUGAAGGUGAAAAAAAUCAUUCAAUAAACAUUUGCAUAUGCACAUGCUAAAUAUGAUAUUGUUUCAUUCCAUAAAAUGUCAUUAGGAGCUGGAGAGUUAAAAUCCAGAGUAUGCAAGGUGAGGUGACCUUGCUUUCACCAUGGAGGUCACAUUUAUAGAGGUUCACACAAUUUGAGAAAAUGACUAUUGAACAGACCAGAGUAAUGCAUUGAUUUAUUGCAUCAUGCAACAUGACUGGUUAAUCAGCAUGCGUCAGAAGUUUGUAACAUAAAACCUCUGCCACUGAAGUUCCAUUAGGAUAGAAUUUAUUCAGUUUAACAAACCGGACACAGUUUUUAAAUUAGCUUCUUCAAAUUCAUAAUCAUUUUUUUUAUUUUCACAACAUAUUAUUUCAAUAAUGAAGACUAUUUUACUUUUAUUGUACUGUCAUUAUUUGCUUAAAUAUGACCUUAUACAUUUAAUCAACAGAUAAGGUGUUGUGCAUUUGCUAAUCAGACAAGGAUGUGUUGUGCAGCGUGGUGGCUGUCCUUGAUCUUUGUACGCAGAAACCAGCUGGCGACAUCCUCCUCACCUAAGCAUUGCCGUGGGGAUUAACGACACCAGAUAAGGAGCGGAAAGUUACUAUCCCGGCCCAGGACCAUGCCGGGUGGGCGGGGCAGUCACUUUUACCAUGGACCCAUACAUAUAAAAACCUUGUGUUACCGGGCAGCUCUUGUCUUCUUCUUUGGGCUAUCCUGCCAGAGGACACACGUCUCGUCUGCAGCAGAUACCUAGAUAAGACCCGGACGUCUCUAUUGCACAUUCCUUUGUAAUAAAUCCAUUUACUCGUCUGAUCAUUGGUCAUCUCUUCCUCGAUCAGUAAACAGACGUAGGGUCCAAAUCCGCAAAUCCCUACAACACCUUUGAUUUGAAAAUCUUGAAAAAAUGAUCCCCAAUAACCAAGUAUUUGCUUGGUAUUGUGUACUUGCUGCUGAGAGGUGGUGGUGCUUGGGCAUCAGCAUAAGAAGUUGUUAGGUCCUGAAGUAUGUCUUAUGCCCAUAUUUAGUCAUGACUACAAAACUUCCUCAUGUCUUCAGUGGAGCUUUGUUCUGUAGGCAGAUGUGUCCUUGAUCGCGUCCCUGCACGUAGGCUAACCUUGAUGAACUGCAUAUUGGACACUUUGUAAUAAUCCAUUGCCAGCAAGAACCGAUUGAGACAGAAACCCUUUGUCUAAGUGGAAAGCCAAGAUCUCACACCACAGGUUUGAUACCACCCAUAGUCCGCCCUUCUGACAAGAUAAAGGAUGUGUGCUUUCUCUGUAUCUUCGCACUUCUGAUCUGCUCUCUACAGCCAUUGCCUGUAACUCAUAAGUGCCCGGAAUAUUCUGUAAGUAAAUUCUUCAAAGAAACUGUUCAUCAUCUCCAGCCUUUAUUUGGAUAACCAACAUUCUCACCAGGAAAAUUAAAUGAACACGCGGAGGAAAAAAAAAGCGUCCUCCAACAGUCUGCAUCCACAGAGAGAGUCCGGAGCUCUUCUAACAGGCAUUCCACGUACCCUGAAACAUUACUUCAUACAUAUGCAGAUACUACUGUCCUGCUGUACUCCUUCAUCCGAUAGGUAUAGUAUUUUUUAACAUGGAUUUGGACACCAGACCACCAUACCACACCAACAAUCAUAUGAGGCAUUGAAAUUCAUUUAAAUUUAGAUUUAUAAAAUGUAUCUGACCCCCUUAUUCACAGAUCUGAGGGCUAAUGUAUAAGAAAACUGUAACAUGAUGGAAUAUUAAACUUACUCUUUAUCUUUCUCGUUUUUCAUAAGUCUUUUACAUUUGGGGUUACAAUUCUCUUUGUCUGGUGAAAGGCACGAGUGGAUAGUUGGACAGGCGUGAGGUAGUGAUUUAGGCCUUCUGCAAGAUGAAAUAAAAAACAUUUCAUCCAUAUUUUCAAUUUGGAAUAUUUUGUCAGAUCAGAGUAAUGUCAAUUUUUAUAGUGCAUUCUUCAUGUUAUUUACAUGCAUUUAGCCUGUAUUAUAAAUAAUGCACCGAACAUUUGAGAGCACACACUGCUGUAGUCGAAUUUGAGGAAGACUUCCGCGUCAACAGUACAGAAACUUCAUACAGUGUACAGAUUCCAAUUUUUGAACUAUGGUUGCCAUUUCAAAAAUUAGCAACUUCAUGGUUCUUUUUUCCCCUGUCAAGUAGGUUGCCAUGCCACAAAUAGCAAUGGAGCGAAUUGAUAGCAAUUGGCUUGUAUUGGCUUGGGUUCAUGUGUUGAACGAAGCCCUAGCACCAACUCUCAAAUUGAACAUCAGAUGUCGCCAAACAAAAUUAUACUUGAUUGGGUCACCAACACGGCAAAGAUCUCUCUGAUAAACGUAGCCUUCCCACUUAGCAUCUCACUGCAUUGCAUACGUAUACCAAAGUCAGUAACCUUAUAUAAACCUGAUUAUUUUUCAUAUCUUUGUAUUACAUAUAUAUAUCGGGGUUAGCAACCUUAAGAACCCAAUUAUUGUCAUAUCUUUGUAUUCACAUCUUGUUUUUAACAUGAAGACAUCAACAGGAUGCAGCUGCCAGCUCACACCCAAUGGUUUUUCAAGACGUUUGCAGCGUCGCUGAGUUACUGAACAGGAAGCCCAUCACACUCGAAUCACCACACAGGAUGUCUGCAAGCAGAAAUUGAUUUCAACAAUUUUUCCAUUAAACUUUUAGCAGAAAAUAUGAUACUUUGAAAUAGCUUUGUGAAAAGAAUAUAACUUGUGUAUGACUGUCUCUCUCAGACAAGGCAAUAAAUGAUGAGCAACCAACUAAAACAAGCCUGAGAAUGCAUGAGAGAAUUUUAUUCACAAGAAUGCUGAUACAUUUAUGCUGUUGCUCAAAAACUAGGGUGAAACCGAACGCAAGUUUGUGGUUACAUUUUUAAAGAUGUACUUAUUGAUUAAAGGGAAAAAGACAAAAUUGAGUGAAGCUAAGAAGGGCGUGACAAGUCAAGCCAGGGAUGGCAAAAGGGGCCUAAUAGGAUAAACCAAGUGAGCCCUUCCCACCGGGCGUGGAUUCAGCCAACAUUUUCCAGAACGUUCCACCAAAAAGCUAUAAAAAAAAAACCUUGGAUACAGAAGUCCGGGCUUUUUCUUCGGUUCUCACAGACAAAGAGACAAGGUCUUUCUAUAGGUGUAAUAGUCGUGUGGCAAGCUGGCAGGGAGAAGUCUUCGACCAAUUUGGAAUGUUUAUUUUUGACGACUCCAUUUAAGAUUGGGCACAAGUAAAACAACUACUAUAAUAAUGUAAUGGCAGGAUAAUAUCAGCGAUGUUACGUGGUUACCUAUGAAGGACAAGUUGUCUUGACAAUUUAUCCUUAAUCCCAAAAAUCCUUAAAUUAGGCUUUGAGCUAUGUAGGACUUGAUCACCCCUAACAGGCUCACUCAAAACAGUCUAUUGUCCCGAAUUUCUGAUGCUUCUGAAUGCUUUGAAUCUUACUUCAUUUAUAUUGCUUUUUACUGUUUUUAUCAUUUAUCUCAUCCUACUUACUAUCAGUAUUAUCAUUUUAAUCAUUUUUCCUUUUAUUGAUUUAUGUUCAAUAAACAUUGAAUUUUGCCUUAAAAUCACAA